CCUUGCCUAUGAAGAACCAAGAAGAGCACAGUAAUAAACCCACGUUGAACUGCCAUAGACAACCGUUAGUUUAAUUAUAAAAAGGAAAAAAAGUUUCGUUAAAACUUAAAUUCUACUUCAUUUAACUACCCAGAUGCGGUAUCACGGAGAUCUGGCUGUACAGAAAUGGAAGUGGCAUGGCAGAGAAGGUGGUUUCUUCGAGGUAAAUAUACAAAUUAAUCCGAUUUGAUUAUAAAAAAUUAGUACCGGGUACCGCCUACAACAGUGGGCAGAGCACGUUAAAUGGCAUGGCUGGCUGCAAGGUGAGUGCAUAAUAAUAAUACUAUCCAGUCCAUAAAGCAGUGGAGCAACUGUGAAGACGCCGGCUGCCGCACAGAGGCGAGACUCUUGACGUCAGCUUCGUUAACGGCAAGAGUUCUCCAAAAUGUUUCGAAAAGUUAUCUUCUCUCUCAUUUUUUUCGUUCUUCUCAUCAUGUCGUACUCGAUUUUCAUCGGAACCGUCGAUAUUCGAUCGUACUUUAAUCCAUUAUUGCAGUCACCCUCCGCCGCGCUCUCCUCCUGUGCGACUAUCAAUGCUCCCCUUAAAGUUUACAUGUACGAUCUCCCGAGGAGGUUCCACGUCGGCAUGAUGAACAACCGGAGUCCUGACAACUUACCGGUGACCAAGGAGAAUCUGCCACCUUGGCCGCAGAAUUCAGGCUUGAAGCGACAGCAUAGUGUGGAGUAUUGGCUUAUGGCCUCGCUGUUGCACGAUGGUGGGGAUGGUGAAGAGAGAGAAGCGGUUAGGGUUUUGGAUCCGGAAAUUGCCGAGGCAUUUUUCGUGCCCUUUUUUUCUUCAUUGAGUUUUAAUUCUCAUGGCCAUAUCAUGACAGAUCCAGAUACCGAGAUUGACCACCAGUUGCAGAUUGAAGUACUGGAAUAUUUGCGGAAAUCAAAAUACUGGCAGAGGUCAGGAGGCAGAGACCAUGUAAUUCCCAUGACACAUCCGAAUGCCUUCAGAUUUCUUCGAGAGCUAGUAAAUGCAUCAAUUCUUAUUAUUGUAGAUUUUGGCCGCUACCCCAGGAACAUGUCUAAGCUAAGCAAAGAUGUGGUAUCCCCAUAUGUACAUGUUGUGGAAUCCUUUUCAGAUGAUGACCCUCCCGACACAUUUGAGUCUCGCACCACAUUGCUCUUCUUCCGUGGGAAUACAGUCAGAAAAGAUGAAGGCAAAGUUCGUGCCAAAUUAGCAAAGAUAUUAGCUGGCUGUGAUGAUGUUUACUACAAGCGUAGCUCAGCCACAACAACGAGCAUUAAAGAGUCCACACAAGGGAUGCGUUCUUCAAAGUUCUGUUUGCAUCCUGCUGGAGACACUCCAUCAUCGUGCCGCCUCUUUGAUGCUAUUGUUAGCCACUGCGUUCCUGUCAUUGUGAGUGACCGAAUUGAGCUCCCCUUUGAGGAUGAAAUUGAUUACACCCACUUCUCAGUUAUCUUCUCCGUUAAAGAGGCUGUGCAACCUGGUUACAUGAUUAACCAGCUCCGACAAUUUCCAAAAGAGAGAUGGAUUGAAAUGUGGGGGCAUCUUAAGAACAUCUCACAUCACUAUGAAUUCCAGUAUCCCCCCAAGAAAGAAGAUGCCACCAAUAUGCUAUGGAGACAGGUUAAACACAAACUUCCAGCAGUCUAUCUCGCUGUACAUAGACAACGAAGGUUGAAAGUACCAGAUUGGUGGAGGAGAAGAUAAGUUUUUGAUCUUCUUAUGCAACACUGUACAUUCAUAAACGUUUUGCAUCAUUGAUGAAUGCUGACCUUUUAUGGGCAAGAGGCAGAGAUAGUCAUGAGUUUCUAAUCCCCAUUGUUGGCCGGCCUUACAGUUGAUACAACAGAUAGAGCAUUUUACUUCUUUGACAUGGGGCUGUACACACACACACACACACGAAUUCAUUGAAGUCUUUUCAAACUAGCUGCAAUAAUGUCCAUAGAUUGUUCUAUAAUAUUUUCAGUGAUAUGGAUAGUGCCCAUCGAUUUAUCCA